UUAGCAAAGUGUCAUUUUUUGUGCGGUAAAACUUCCUUUCCUCUGAAUAUUUUUUCGCUACCAUUUGCUUUCGUUUCAAUUUUAAAAACGAAUUACACGUGCAACUAAUUUGUUAUUUAACUAAUUUAAAAACAAAAAAAUAUAUUCAACACAAUGUCUGCCCCAGCUAAUUUAGAAGGAGAAAACUUCUAUGGAGUUACACUCAGCGAAAAGGAACCUCUUCAACAAUUUGUUGUUGCUGAGACCGACAAAUUUGAAAUGGAACAAAAGCUGGUCAUCAAACAAAUCUGUUUGGGUGCUGAAGCCAAAGAGGGUGAAUUUAAUGUCGUUCAGGUUGAAACAAAAGUUUCAGAUAAAAAAGAUCUGAAAAUCCCCAUCGCUGUUUUGAAAGUUGGCGAGACACGCGUGCUAAGGCCAAAUCUAGAAUUCCCAUCGGCUUCAGUGACAUUCAAACUUAUUCAAGGUACUGGUCCAGUAUACAUUCAUGGUCAACAUAUUGUGAAUGAAACCGAUGCCGAAGAAGUCUAUUACGAGGAGGAAGAGACCGGUGACAUGGACGAUGAAGCACCACCACAAACAAAUGGCAAGGCCAAGAAGAAGUGGUGAGGACAACAGGCUGCAAGCCUGUUAGUAGAUGAUGACCAUUGAGGAUAUAAACAAUUGGUCAAAAGCGGUUAGAGUACAUUCUUGUAAUUUUAAGGACACACACUAAUUCGAGAGAAUUUUGCACAACACACAGACAGACAGGCAUUGGUAAGAUGAGUGAUUCCUUUAGAAAUCAUUUGUUUUAUCAAAACAAAAUAUAAAAAAAAAAACUUAUAUAAAUAAAGUAACGAAACAAAAAAAUACAGUAAA